CCAGGCCUGGGGCUGCAGGCGGCCGCGUGGCCUCGUGGGUAGCGCUAGCAGCAUGGACAGCCUGUACGUGGAGGAGGUGGCCGCCUCCCUGGUCAGGGAGUUUCUUAGCAGAAAGGGCUUGAAGAAGACGUUUGUGACCAUGGACCAGGAGCGCCCCCGCUGUGAUCUCAGCAUCAACAGCAGAAACGAUCUCCGUAAGGUUCUACAUCUGGAGUUUCUCUACAGGGAAAACAAGGCAAAGGAAAAGCCUCUAAAAACAAACCUUGAGCUCAUCACCAGAUACUUUCUGGAUCAUACAGGAAAUACAGACAACAAUGUAAGUCAAGAAACCCCAAUUCCUGCACUUCAUGUUCCAAAGAAAAACAACAGAUUGCCUGUGAGAUGCUCAGAGGCCACACUGGUGGAUAUAUACGACCUUUCAGAUGAAGACAUGGGAAGACGCACGUCAUGGUCAGAAGCAAGCAAAGCCAGGCACGACAAUCUCGAUGGUGACAUGCUUGGUAAUUUUGUAUCCUCCAAAAAGACCCCACACAGAUGUAAGCCCGCACACAUAGUCCUGGGUGACAGCUUGCCUUUGGUUCCUGCAUGGGAAAAGGUGGACCAGCUUCACUCAUCAGAGCCUUGCAUAGAUGUGAAGAGGCCAGUGGAGAGGACUAGGCCAAAGUCUGGCCUGAUCGUCCGAGGCAUGAUGGCUGGGCCUGUCGCCAGCUCCCCACAGGAUUCUUUCCGCAAACGCUCUCUGAGACGGUCCUCAGCCUUGAGCAGGAAGCUCCAAGCCCCAGAGGAGAGCCAACAGCAGUCUGAGCCUGCUGUGCAUACUCCAGCCUGUCCAGGUCCACAGGAGGUCCCUGCUUCCAGCAGUGACUCUGUCUCCAGGAGCCCUCUGGGCCAGCUGAAUGAACUGUCUGCGGAGAAGCCAAAUGCCACUUCCAGCAGCCAAGGGCUGUCCCUGAGGGACAGGCCCAAGCUAAAAAGUGUUUCGGAGGAAGGCCCACUGGGAUGCAGCCACACAGAAACCAGCACAACACCUUUGAAGCUGUACAUGCCUGGUGGGAAUUCCAGGAUGACCCAGGAGCAGCUGGAAAGAACGUUCAAGUGCCAGGGUAGCCAGCCCCCAUCUCUCAGGAAAAACCAGUUGGUUUCAGACAAGGCAGGUGACAAGCCAGAGGCCCUGACGCUAGAGGAUGUUGACGAUGAAAUGAUAAAGGAAAACAUUGUCCUGUCCCCACCCCCAUCAAUGCUCAAGCUGCAAACUGUGUCAAAGCCAAUUGACCUCUCACUGGCGAAGGAGAUAAAGACCCUUCUGUUCGGCUCUACCUUUUGCUGCUUCAGUGAAGAAUGGAAACUUCAGAACUUUUCCUUUAAUGAUAUCGCCUCAUUAAAAUACGGCAUUGUGCAGAACAAGGGUGGUCCCUGUGGGGUUCUGGCAGCUGUUCAAGGAUGUGUGCUGCAGAAGCUCCUGUUUGAAGGAGAUAGGAAAGCCAACUCUAAUCUCCGGCUGUAUCCCUCAGAUGCCCAGAGGACCCACUGCCUUGCCCUGGCCAUUGCAGACAUCCUGUGGCGAGCUGGAGGCAGAGAGCAAGCCGUGGUUGCACUGGCUUCAGGAACACCGCACUUCAGUCCAACAGGGAAAUACAAAGCAGAUGGAGUCUUAGAAACACUCACACUGUAUAGCUGGACCUGCUGUGAGGACCUGGUGACUUUUCUCCAGCAGAGCAUUCAUCAGUUUGAAGUGGGACCCUACGGUUGCAUCCUGCUCACCUUGUCUGCCAUCCUGUCCAGGUCUCCGGAGCUUGUCCGCCAGGACUUUGAUGUCCCAACCAGCCAUCUCAUUGGAGCUCACGGAUACUGCACACAGGAACUUGUCAAUCUUCUCCUGACCGGGAAAGCUGUGUCCAAUGUUUUCAAUGAUGUCGUGGAGCUAGACUCAGGCGAUGGGAACAUUACACUGCUCCGAGGCAUUGAGGCACGCAGCAACAUCGGCUUCUUAUCUCUCUUUGAACACUACAAUGUUUGCCAGGUUGGCUGCUUCCUGAAGACCCCAAAGUUCCCCAUCUGGGUAGUCUGCAGUGAGAGCCACUUCAGCGUCCUCUUCAGCCUCCAGCUGGAGCUCUUGCGUGACUGGAGGACUGAGCGGCUCUUUGACCUGUAUUACUACGAUGGCUUGGCCAACCAGCAGGAGGAGAUCCGGCUGACUGUUGAUACCACCAAAACCACCUCAGAAGACAGCUGCACUGACCUUGUCCCUCCCCUUGAGCUCUGUAUCAGAACCAAGUGGAAGGGGGCAUCCGUGAACUGGAAUGGCUCAGACCCCAUUCUGUGACCCUUGGACAUCAAGUUCUAUAGCUUCAGCACUCAUCUUUGGAUGACCUCUGGCCACAGAGGCAUGUGGGCCUUCCAGCUUCUUCCAUGAAGGGCUAUGGUGGGGUCCUGUGUGCUGCUGAGGUUCCCUCCUGGCCCAGCUGUGACUGCCAAAGACAAGAAGGCCAUCAGGGACUCUGCUGCCUUUGUCUGCAUCCUUCCUGGAUUACCCCUCUUUCCAAGGCCUCUGGUGUGGCUGGCCUUGGGGACUUUGGAUCCUUGUUACUGCAGCUUCCAUAAAGCAAAAGUCAAGCCUAUGA